GAUGUUUAAAUCAUUUCUUUCCUCUGUGGAAUGAAUUCAUAGAAGAAGAAAAGUUAGAUCCGGCAACACCGAAAAAAUAGAUUCUUUCAUUUCUCUACCAAAAUGUCGACCCACAAAAAGAAGACAAGGAAACUAAGGGGACACGUAAGCCAUGGACAUGGACGUAUUGGUAAGCACCGCAAGCAUCCUGGAGGUCGUGGUAAUGCUGGUGGUAUGCAUCACCACAGGAUAAACUUUGACAAGUACCAUCCUGGAUACUUUGGAAAG